ACUCACACAGGUCCUGUACAUGUCACAGAAGAACCGCAGCAUCCGCCACAAGCUGGUCUCGCUCACCCUCAAGAGGAAGAACAAGCUCGGGGACGACGUGAGGCGGAGGCUGCAGGAGGACGAGUACACGGCCGAGAGCUACUCCUCGUGGCUGGACUCGAGGCCGACCUCCAACCUCGAGAAACUGCACUUCAUCAUCGGCCACGGCAUCCUCAGGGCCGAGCUCAGAGACGAGAUCUACUGCCAGAUCUGCAAACAGCUGAGCAACAAUCCUUCUAAAUCCUCCCACGCCCGCGGAUGGAUCCUGCUGUCCCUGUGCGUGGGAUGCUUCGCGCCCUCCGAGGACUUUGUCAAGUACCUGCUGUCGUUCAUCCGCGAGGGCCCCCCCGGCUACGCCCCCUACUGCGAGGAGAGACUCAAGAGGACCUUCGCCAACGGCACCAGGAACCAGCCGCCCAGCUGGCUCGAGCUGCAGGCGACCAAGUCCAAGAAGCCCCUGAUGCUGCCCAUCACCUUCAUGGACGGCAACACCAAGACGCUGUACGCCGACUCGGCCACCACGGCGCGCGAACUCUGCAACCAGCUGUCGGACAAGAUCUCGCUCAGGGACCAGUUCGGAUUCUCGCUCUACAUCGCGCUUUUUGAUAAGGUGUCGUCCCUGGGCAGCGGCGGCGACCACGUGAUGGACGCCAUCAGCCAGUGCGAGCAGUACGCGAAGGAGCAGGGUGCGCAGGAGAGGAACGCCCCCUGGAGGCUCUUCUUCAGGAAGGAGAUCUUCGCCCCGUGGCACGACCCCACCGAGGACCCCGUCGCCACCAACCUCAUCUACCAGCAGGUGGUCCGCGGCGUGAAGUUCGGCGAGUACCGCUGUGACAAGGACGAGGACCUGGCCAUGAUCGCGGCGCAGCAGUACUACAUCGAGAGCGGCAACGACCUCAACACCGACCGCCUCUUCAACAACCUGCCCAGCUACAUCCCGGACUACUGCGUCUCCUCGGGCGACAAGGCGAUCGACCGCUGGGCCGGCCUCGUCGUCGCCGCCUUCAGGAAGAGCUACUACGUCAAGGAGCGCGUCCAGCCCCUCAGGGUCAAGGAGGACGUCGUGAGCUACGCCAAGUUCAAGUGGCCGCUGCUCUUCUCCAGGUUCUACGAGGCCUUCAGAUACUCCGGCCCCAACCUGCCCAAGAACGACGUGAUCAUCGCCGUGAACUGGACGGGCGUGUACGUGGUGGACGACCAGGAGCAGGUCCUCCUCGAGCUCUCCUUCCCCGAGAUCACCACCGUCUCCUGCAGCAAGACGCAGAAGGUGUACACGCAGACGUUCACGCUGUCCACCGUCCGGGGCGAGGAGUUCACGUUCCAGUCGCCCAACAGCGAGGACAUCCGGGACCUCGUCGUCUACUUCCUCGAGGGCCUCAAGAAGAGGUCCAAGUUCGUCAUUGCGCUCCAGGACUACAAGGCGCCGGGCGAGAACUCCUCCUUCCUGACCUUCAGCAAGGGCGACCUGAUCCUGCUGGAGGAGGACUCUUCCGGCGAGACCGUGAUGAACGCGGGCUGGUGCGUGGGGCGCUGCGAGAGGACGACCGAGCGCGGAGACUUCCCGGCCGAGACUGUCUACGUGCUGCCCGCCGUCACCAAGCCGCCGCCGGACAUCCUGGCCCUGUUCACCGCCGAGGGAGCGGAGCACGGCCGGAAACUGUUCACUCCGCAGGUGAAUGGCUCGGACACCCACGAGAAGCCUCACACGCUGGAGGAGUACGCGCUGGACCACUUCAGACCGCCACCAAAACGUACGGUAUCGCGCGCCAUCACGCUGACGUCUGCGCGGCGGCCGUCGAGCGAGUGCCUGUGGAAGUACUCGCGCGACCCCAUCAAGCAGCCGCUGCUCAAGAAGCUGCUGCACAAGGAGGAGCUCGCUCAAGAGGCCGUCUACGCUUUCAACGCCAUCCUCAAGUACAUGGGCGACCUCCCCUCCAGGAGGAACCGCCAGGGCAACGACCUCACCGACCAAAUCUUCGACGGCCCGCUCAAGCAUGAGAUCCUGCGAGACGAGAUCUACUGCCAGGUGAUGAAACAGCUGACAGACAACAGGAACAGAAUCAGCGAGGAGCGAGGAUGGGAGCUCAUGUGGCUGGCGACGGGGCUCUUCGCGUGCUCGCAGAACCUCAUUAAGGAGCUGACCCAGUUCUUGAGGACGCGACGCCAUCCCAUCGCCCAGGACUCCCUCCACCGGCUGCAGAAGACGCUGAAGCAGGGACAGAGGAAGUACCCGCCGCACCAGGUGGAGGUCGAGGCCAUCCAUCACAAGACCACGCAGAUCUUCCAUAAGGUCUACUUCCCCGACGACACUGACGAGGCCUUCGAGGUGGACUCCUCGACGCGCGCCAAGGACUUCUGCGCCUCCAUCGCCCACCGCCUCAACCUCAAGAGCUCCGAAGGCUUCUCGCUCUUCGUCAAGAUCGCCGACAAGGUGAUCUCCGUGCCUGAGGGAGACUUCUUCUUCGACUUCGUGCGCCACCUCACCGACUGGAUCAAGAAGGCGCGGCCCUCCAGGGAUGGCACGACGCCGCACUUCACAUACCAGGUGUUCUUCAUGAAGAAGCUGUGGACGAACACGGUGCCCGGGAAGGACCGCAACGCCGACAUCAUCUUCCACUUCCACCAGGAGCUUCCCAAACUCCUUAGAGGUUAUCACAGAUGCACGAAGGACGAAGCGGCCCGGCUCGCGGCGCUUGUCUACCGAGUGCGCUUCGGCGAGAGCAAGCAGGAACUCGCCCAUAUCCCAACAAUGCUGAGGGACCUGAUUCCCGCCGACCUGGCCAAAGCCCAGAGCACCAACGAGUGGAAGCGCGUCAUCGUACAGCAUUACAACAAUGACGCAGGCAUGAGCCCCGAGGAAGCCAAGAUCGCGUUCCUGAAGGUGAUCUACCGCUGGCCCACCUUCGGCUCGGCCUUCUUCGAGGUCAAGCAGACGACGGACCCCAACUACCCCGAGCACCUCCUCAUCGCCAUCAACAAGCAGGGCGUCUCGCUCAUACAUCCUGUCUCGAAGGAGAUCCUCGUGACCAACCCGUUCACCAGAAUCAGCAACUGGUCCUCGGGCAACACGUACUUCCACAUGACCAUCGGCAACCUGGUCCGGGGCUCCAAGCUGCUGUGCGAGACUUCCCUAGGCUACAAGAUGGACGAUCUGCUGACGUCAUACAUCUCCCUUAUGUUGACCAAUAUGAAUAAACAAAAGACUCUCAGGCUCAAAUAGGACAUGGGGAGAGUUAGGAUAAUUAAUUAUUAGGGUUGAUGUUAUUUUUUUUUUUUUUCAAAGAAAAAUAUGAAUACUUUUUAAAUUGUCGUAGGAAAGUUGAUAUUUUUUAUUUCAAUUUAUCCCUGUAGCAAUUAACCAAGAAAAAAGUAUUAUUGGGUUAGGUCAUAUAUGCAUACAUGCAUUGUGUUUAUAUAUGCACACCCAUAGGCAUACAUUCUCUUAUAAGAAAACUUGAUUUUCUACUUUCAAAAAAAGGCUUCCAGAUUUUAAAGUCUAGUGAAAAAACUUUAUUCCUGCCAUUACACGUUUCUAUUGUGCAAUGUACAACUUUUCUUCCACAUUUAGUAUGCAAAAUUCGAAUAAGGGUAUUUUGAGGAAAUACAAGUGGUAGUAUUUUUCAAAUAAAAAUACUUAUUGUAUGAAAAAAAAUCAUUCGUUUUAGCCUUUAAAGCAUACUACUGUGAUCUUUUAUUGUGAAAUUGUUGACACUAUUUUUCUGUAUCUAUAGAGGAUGGGAGGUCUUGAUCUAUGUUAUUUUUCUGCUCCGUAAGUAAAAAUCUAAAUCUUUCUUAAAGAUAAAUUGAAAUUCAAUUUGCUCAGAAACAGAUUAGGAAAUAGAUUCCCCAAAGGCAUAUUAAGAAUAUUUGGCAAUACCUCUCUUACGCAAAGUGAUAUUGUAUUGUUUCUGCCUGACUAUCUGCUCUCCCAAGUAGCUUUAAUUGUUUUGAAUCGUUACGUGCAUAUAUAUACAAAUAUAUAUAUAUAUAUAUAUAUAUAUAUAUAUAUAUAUAUAUAUAUAUAUAUAUAUAUAUUUAUGUAUGUAUUACAGAAUGUCACUCACUCGAAGGAUUGUGCUAAAAAAUCAUAAGGUACUUGUAACAAACAAGACUUUUAAAAUAUGUAUUAGGUAAUCGUUCCCCUUUAAGUACUUUCGUAAGCAGAUUUAGUCACCGAGAGCUGGACUGAGAGAGAGAGAGAGACUUGGCUCACACAAAUGUUUUUUCAAAUCAUAAAUUUCUGAUUGUUCUUUAGGUAACAUUUAAGGUUUAUUUUUAUUUGCUAAGUAAAUAUAUAUAUACAUAUACAUAUAUAAAUAUGGUUAGCUAUAUAUUAUAGUUUAUUCUGAUCAAAGGCACAAUUAAGCAUUUUAGAUUUUUUCUUGUUUGUAGCCUAAUAAAAUGUAUUGAUUUCCAACAUGGGUAUAUUAUUAUUUUUCUUUUUUUCAUAUAAAACUAUUAUCUUCGUUAUAAUUGUACAUUGGAAAUUUUACAAUUCCAAUUUGGCAAAGAUGGUUUUUGUAACGAGUUUACAGAUUCCUGGUGUUAUUUAUGAAUGCUGUACAUACUGUUUAUUGGUUUUAUAUAUUAAGGCAAUUCUCUUCCAAUAGAAUAAUCAAUGCAGAUGAAGUUCCAUUUUCGUUUAUUUUUUUCCUAGACCUUCUAUUGUUUUAUAUAAUAUCUGUCUACAAACUGAACUGUUUAAUCCUAUGGAGGAUAUAUAGAUGUCACGUUCUGUGUAUUCUUUUCCUUUCGUAGAAGUGUUAGAUUUUUUUUUGUUAGUUGGAUUAUUAUUUGACGAAGUUUGUGCAUGCAUUUUAUUUUUUGUUUAUUUCUGUUUCUUUUGCUUUCAAUCUUAUUUCUUUUCUUUUUUUAUUUCAUCAUGUGGUAUUCGGAUUCAUAUCCCAUUUGAUUUCACUUCUUCAGUUUCAUUCUGUCAUUAUAAAUGAUGGACUUGAUUUAUUCAGUCUAAAUAAAAAGGCAUGCAAUUUA